ACGGAACAGAGUGCAUGCACUCUGCACGGUGCGCCGUAUCACCGACUAUCAUCGGUCCACAGUGCAGAGAUUUCUUUUUGUUGAGUUGCGAGUACAUUCUCGGCGAAUGACUGUUGUUGGAUCUCUCGUCAUAUCUCGUCAUAUCAUAUUGUGGACGCAAUCAAACCGUCAAAAUAUCGAAUACACGAGCGAUGUUUUAGGUCCAGCACUAGAAUUAAUUUUCAACCAAAAGUUAAGUACCACUAAAACAAUGUGUCAUAGCCACAAACUACUGCAGCAACACAACCAGUUUCAUCAUUUAUCUAAAUUAAAAAAGGAAACAAUUAAAUUUAUGAAAAACCAUUUUUUCCUUACCAACUCCUCAACACCUCAAGAUAGACUGCGAUUUACAGUAUAUUAUUAGAGGAAUUACAUUGCCAUGACUACAUCCCAUGAUGAUGCCCAUUUGGAGAUCAAUGACUGUGAAAUUAAUCGAAUUUGUGGUACAGACAGAGUAGCUGCAUAUCUUGUGAAAGAAGCCAAUUUGGAAAAAAAUAAAAACAAACGUAUUAAGAUUUAUGACAGUAUUGUAUAUCUUUAUUCCACUGCGGAUAAAGUUCUAAUGAACGAUUUGAACCAUUUAUUAGGCAGGGCUUUUAUUUGCCUGUUAGAAAAUCACACAUUAAAAAUUGCUAAUAUUAAAUUAUCCUCUAUGAUAAGGGAAUGCUUAAAUUGCAUUCCUCAUAUAAUAGGAAGAUCUCCCAUCGAAUUCCUAGAGAGUCAAUAUAAAAGUGAAUUACUUCAUAAUAGAUCAGCAUUACGAUCUAAAGAACAAAAACUCAGCGAUUCUAGAUCAGAUAUUGCAUUCUGUCUAUUGAAAAUGGGAAAAAUAAAACAAGCACAAUCAGAAUAUGAAUUAGCUUUAAGAUCUAACUCAAUGUGUGUACAAGCAUUAAUUGGUCUUGCGGUUAUAAAGCUAAAUUAUAGUGAAUCUCUAAAUACUCUUAAUCUAUGCGUAACAUUUUCAAAAAAAUGUGACAUUGAUACAAUAAAAGUAGAAACAAUAAAUAAGAUUGCUUUUGGAUUUUAUAUUCAAGAAAAUUAUGACAAAGCUGAAAAAUAUUCUAAAAUUGUGCUAAAUAAAUCAAAAAAUGCAGAUCGUUUAACUGAAAGUUAUAAUUUACUUGGUAAAAUUUAUGAAUACAAGGGUGAUAUUCAUCAAACAUACAUAAACUUUUUCAAAGCCGUUAAAUGUGCACAACGUGAUGUUGUAUACCCAUACUAUGAUCUUGGACUGAUAUAUUACUAUACUUUCGAUGACAAAAGAGCUGAAUGGUGCUUCCGAAAGUUUUUAAAAUGUAAUCCGAUAUGUGUAAAAACAAAGAAAGUUCUAUGCUCAUUAUAUGCUCGUUCAGAAAAUCAAAUUCAAAAACAUAUUGCUAGAAAAUAUUUGAAAGAUGUAACAGAUGAAUUCCCAAACGAUUUGGAAGCCUGGGUGAUCUUAGCUCUGUUAGAUAUAGACAAUCCUGAAUUGUUAACACCUUUAUAUCAUAAAAUUAUAGAUUUGAUGAAAUCCCAAGAGAAUAUGAGAGACCUUCCAUUUGAAGUAUUUAAUAAAAUUGCUACUAUACAUUGCCGAUAUGGAUUGCAUAACAAAGCUCGUUCGAUACUUGAAAGAUCUGUGAAGUUAUUAAGAGAAAAAUUUAAGACUUCUACAUGUUUACAUUUAAAGUUUUUGAUUCAUAGAACAUACGUUCAAUUGGCUACAAUUUAUGAAAUCCAAGAAAAGUUUCAAAAGGCAGAAAAACUUUACAAAGAAAUGAACGAGAUGAAUCUAAUAAGUAUUUACGAUACAAACUCAGAUUUAUUUAAUUAUUCAGAAGGAGCCCUUGAAGACACACAAGUUAAUGAUUUAGCUUUAGAAUUGUACUCUUUAUUAAUUAAUACUGAACCAAAUUUUAUCUGGCGCCCUGAAGGAUUAGGCCACUGUUUAAUUGAGAAUGAAGAUUUGAUGAAUAGAAUUAAGUGUAUAUUUCCUUCUGCUAAAGAAGUUGAAGUACUAUGUAGUUCCUGGGUUAAGUUUGCGGUUGAAUGCAGUAAUAAUGAACAAUAUACUACGGCUAUUAAAAUAUAUGAAAUAUGUUUGAAAUUAUUUUUCAUGCAUUAUCACUUUAAACCACUCACAUUGCUCGGACAUGAAUAUCUCAAAUUAAAUAAGUUCCAUGAUGCUAAACAAUUAUUUUUAAAAGUUUUUAGGGUUUCUCCUCACGAUGUCAUUUUUGUAAGCUAUUUUACUUGUGCUUUACAAAAAAUGGGCUGCAAAAUACUGGAUGGUAAAUGCAAUUCAAAAGAUACAAUUAAGGCUUUGGAAUAUAUUAAAUUGGCAAAGAAGUAUUUUAUUCAUUUGUCAAGCAAUAAAAAUAAAAUAAUUCGUAAUUCUGCUAAGGAAGGUUUAAAUCUUUGUGAAGUUCUAAUUAAAAAUAAUACUAAGAACCCAUAGAAUAGUAGUACUAGUACAUUAUAUCAUGACAUUUUUGAUAAAUUCGGAAGUAUAUUAAAAUAUUUUACCUCUUAUUUGUGCUUGUGUUAAAUAUUUACUUGUGUGUUUACGAUACUAAAUGGUAAUUUUAUGUAGUAAGAAUUACCUAUUUCAACCAAAAACGAAAAAGGUACGAUACCGUUUCCGCCAAUCUAUCUGCUAUGAUAAAACGAUUAUAAUAUAUUCAAUUUUUUUAGAUUACACUAUUAAUUGUAUUAUCUAUAUUAUU